AGCUCUCGUCAUAGAAGUGUGAGCACCCCUGCAUUCAUUUUGUUGAUUAGCUCUUUGAGUGAAGCAGCCAGUUAUUUAGUACCUCGAUGCACACAAGCAACGACUCAGGCCUGCAGCACUUUAUUUCUGAACUGUUUAUUCAAGUUUAAGGGUUUAUUCAGCUUAUUAAUAGUAACAUUCUGAAUUGAUAACAACAUCUGAGUUGAUAAAACAUCGCUGAUGAUGAUAUUUCUUUUAUGACUACUUGAAAGUGUUUGGUUUGAAAUUGCUUAAGAGUGCAGUUGUUUAACUUGUUUUACAAUUCUUUAAUUGUACUAGCAGAGUAACUUAAUUUCAUGUCAUUUUACUUUAUUUUGUUAAUUAAAUACAAUCCAGGUUUAUAUUUUUUAUAAUUAAUUUGUAAGUUUUGGUUUUAUUUGAUAAUGAGGUAAGAAAGAAGCCAGUAUUCAGAUUAAAGCGUUUAUGAUGUGAGCAGCUGAUAAUAUUCAGGGAUAAGUAAUUUAGAGAGAUCUGACCUAAAAUAGGAUCCAGGGUUAAGAAGCCCAUCAUGUGAAAAAUGUUCAGCAAAGUUUUCAAAUAUUUGAAUAGGAUUCGCAUAGAAGUAAUGUUAAGGAAAAAGAACAGAGCAAGGAUGUUAUACUGUAGCAGGAAGCCCAGUACUGAGAAAAAGGAGAAAAAUUCCCUCACAUACAGAUCUCUGUGUGAAAUCAGACUUUCUGCUAGAAUGAGGAACCUGACGGCUCUGCUGUUUCUGCUGUCGCUCUGCUCUCUUCAUCUGGUGUCUAGCGCUCCUGCACCUAUGGACUUCAGGAUUAUCUGCUGUCAAAAAACAACUAAAGUAAAGAUCCCUUUGAAGAUCAUUGUGAACUACCGGUGGACCAGCAACAACUGCCCCAUAAAGGCCAUUGUCUUUGAGACUCUAAAUAAGAAACAGCACUGUGUGGAUCCUACAGCUGUUUGGGUCAACCAUCACAUGAAAGCAGUGGAUCUUAGAAACAGCACCACUAUAACAGCAAAACCCUGAAUCUCAGCGUUAGAUGGGUUUUCAACACCGAAGACCAACAUAAUAUAAUGACCAAAUUUUGAUAUUACUCAUACAGUAGACAUUACAGGAUAUUCUCACCUCUGAGUCUCAGUGUGACAGCACCGCCUGGUGUUUUUAAGAGUUCAGUAUUACUGUCUGUUCCGUUUUCAUGUUUUUUCCAAAUUAACGAAUCAGUAAAAUGAAAUAAAAUGAGGUUACGCACAUGUAACAUAUAAGUGUCUCUAAUAAAUAGUUACACUAUGCAGC